GCGAACCGGAGCUUUAUUUCUGCAGGAUUUAUCCGUCAGGCUCCGACUUAUCAUUCCCUUGUUACUGCGCGGAGCGGAACAAGCCUCCUUGGAUUUGAGCACAAGAACCGGCAACCUCCCCCCCCUCCUCCUCGUGUCCGCUCACCGGGAGCAGGAAGUGGGGAGCCCGCCGAGCAGGAUGCCGGGGUACGAUUACAAAUUCCUGGAGAAGCUGCGGCGCAAGUUUCUAUGUCCCCUGUGUGGCAAAGCCAUGCGGGAGCCCGUGCAGGUGUCUACGUGCGGCCAUCGCUUCUGUGACACCUGCCUGCAGGAAUUCCUCAGUGAAGGAGUAUUUAAAUGUCCAGAAGAUCAACUCCCUCUUGACUACGCAAAGAUUUACCCAGACCGAGACUUAGAAACCCAGGUCAUGAGCUUGACUAUACGUUGUAUACAUAGUGAAGAAGGCUGUCGCUGGAGUGGGCAGCUGAAGCAACUUCAGGCUCACCUCAACAUUUGUGCCUUCAAUGUUAUUCCCUGCCCGAACCGCUGCAGCACUAAACUGAUUCGCCGAGACCUGCCAGAACAUAUGCAGCACGAUUGCCCAAAGCGCAAAGUACGGUGUGAAUUUUGCGGGACUGACUUUACCGGUGAGGCGUAUGAGGAACACCAGGGCUGCUGUCCCCAGGAGAGUGUGUACUGUGAGAAUAAGUGUGGAGCUCGCAUGAUGAGGCGCGUGUUGUCUCAACAUUCCCUGGUGGAAUGCCCCAAGCGUACCCAACCCUGCCCUUACUGCAACAAGGAGUUUGUGUUUGAUACUAUCCAGAGUCACCAGUACCAAUGUCCAAGGUUUCCAACUCCAUGUCCCAAUCAAUGUGGAGUAUCGAGCAUUGCAAGAGAAGAUCUGAGCAGCCAUAUAAAGGAGAGCUGCAACUCUGCCCUCGUGCUUUGCCCUUUCAAAGACUCUGGCUGCAAACACCGGGGCCCAAAGAUCACCAUGAGCCGACACCUGGAAGAGACCAUGAGAGUCCACCUUAGCAUGAUGUCAUCCCUGGUCAGCCGACAAAGGCAAGAAAUCCUGGAGUUGAGGAAACAAGUGGAAGAACUGUCGGUCAGCAGUGAAGGGGUGCUUAUCUGGAAGAUCAGUGACUACUCCCGAAAAGUUCAAGAAGCAAAGGUCAGAGGCAACUAUGAGUCUUUCAGCCCACCCUUCUACACUCACAAAUAUGGUUACAAGCUUCAGGUUUCUGCAUUUCUAAAUGGAAAUGGCAGUGGAGAGGGCAGUUAUCUGUCCGUGUACAUACGGGUUCUUCCUGGGGAAUAUGACAACCUACUAGAAUGGCCCUUUUCAUAUCGUGUCACCUUUUCCCUUCUUGACCAAAGUGACCCAUCCUUGUCCAAGCCUCAAAAUAUAACAGAAACUUUCAACCCUGACCCCAACUGGAAGAACUUCCAAAAGCCCGGUGGUUCCAGAAAUUCACUAGAUGAAAGCACCCUUGGCUUUGGCUACCCUAAGUUUAUUUCCAAUGAGGACAUAAGGAAACGCAAUUAUGUACGCGAUAAUGCCAUAUUCUUACGAGCAUCUGUGGAAAUCCCACAAAAGAUCAUUGCGUGAUUGGAUACUUGAAAUCUGAACUCUGUUCGAACUAGAAAUUUGCUCUGUAAAGAGUUUAUUUAAUAUGGGUGCCCAGGCUUCAUGAAGGAGACGGGUUACUAAAGGAAUACAGGACACUGGAGUGUUCACACCUUUGUACAUUUUUAUUAUGAGGUUAUAUGACCAAGUCAACUGUGAACCCCCGUGGAGAGCAGACUGUUGUGUCUAAUCCACUUGCAUUCUGGAGAUUUUAGUUCUGAAGAAACAACUAAGGCAGAUAUGGCCCGAAAUACAGUCAACAUAGACUGCGCUGGAAGGUUGAGUAUGCAACUCUCAAGCUUGUCUAUAGCUUUUGAACAGUAUUCUCCAUACUUGGAAAAAAGUCUGACCCUAAAACAGAAAUCUGAGCAGCCUCCAAGACCUGAUGGAAAAUAUUUGCAUCUGUAUGACAUCAAGUAUGUUCUAGGAUGCCUCAAAGCUUAGGCUCUGACAUUCUCAUGGGAGAUUGUUGUUCGGAGAACAAUCCAACCAGCUAGGUGCUAAAACGAAGCCAAAGUUUUGAGUCAGAGAAAGAACUGAGAAGCCUGCAGAUAGUAAGGAUGCUCUACCUCAAGGGAAUUUAUAUGGUGCUGAAAUAUUGUGGAACCACAAUGGGAAACAUUCCGUAUGUGUUUCUAGGUAACGUGUAGCACUCACAAUGAGUGUGUUCUUUGGUCCUUCUCUCAGAAAAAAUGUUUCAGCAUUUUCACAUUUGUGGCCAAUGAAUGCAUCAUUAAAUGCAAAUAUUCUGUGAUAUAACAGGACUGUGUCCUGUGGGCCCAUAUAGGCCCUAUGGGGAUGACGUUGUUUGUAUACUGUUUCACAUUACAGUGAACGUUUUGUACGUUUAUACGCUUUUUACGCUUUUGUAAUUAACAGUUUGAUAAUUAAAUGCUCUGGAUCUUUUGA